AUGUCUGACCUCAUGUCUGACAUCGAGUCUACCCAUAGCCGAGACGGUGGAGGUUAUCCUACAGCGAUCACCUAUGCCUCGUCUAUGAAUACCUCCAGCAUGCUCCUCGUUCGUGAGGUCGCAAUGAUGAUCAUCAUGGACCGGUUGACCGACAAGCCAGAUUGGCAUGUUAAAGUGUUCGACGAUACUAUCACUAACAAAUGGAUUGAAGAAGCCCUUGCGCUUCCUGUCGAGCCACUGUACGAUGAUAUCGUCCCUGUUGGUCCUAGGCACGCACGCCCAAAAAAGCUCACAUCUAUCCUUGACAGGGGAUGUCUUGAAUAUUGUAUCAAAGAACUCCGUGCCAAGGCCAAGUGCUUCAUAAAAUCCGGGAUUGUCCCAACUCUGGAUGCCACGGCUACAGUAGUCAAAUCAGACAGUAUCGUAGACGAAGAGCUCCAUGGACGCCUCCAUGCUGCCUUCGCCACGCUGCAACACGACCAGAAGGAUGAUCCAGACUGGCACCCUCGCACUAACGACAUGGUGCAGAACCUCGUACACCCGUCCUUGUAUCCAUUUGUCUACGAAAGAUCACGAGCUUUCAUGGAUGAAGUCGUUGGCGUUGAGGAUGCCGUGCAUCGGUGGAGUGGUAAAGGAGAGGUAAUGCUCAAGGACGAGUACAGCAAAAAGAAGGAGUAUUCCUCGGAAAACUACCAGUGGCUGCCCUCUGACGUCAAGAUUCUAGAAGAUGGAAGCGUCAAGUUCGCUAGCUACAUCAACGGCUUGCAUCCUAACAAGUACCCGGAAAUAUACGCAACCAUCGAGAAGCUCAUCGAGACGGCGCUGCCAGCAUGGAGCUUUUGUCUCGUGUUUGACCGAGACGAAGGCGAUGACUGCAAGAAGCAGGUUGUGGCAGCUGGCAGGACAAAAGCCCGAUUCCCUAGGCCGAGAAACCCUGACGACGAAAACGAGGAGAACUGGACCCCAUACGAAGAAGUCUUCACUCGCGCCCAACGCGCCAAGCGGGGAGACCCCGAAAAGGAAGAAUCGAUCUCGAACCCCCCAUCAUCUGAUUCAGAGGACUAUGAGGAUGAAUCGGAAGACGAGAUCCAAGUCCAGAGUGAAGGAGGCAGCCAUUACAACGGGACCCGCGAUCGAAUUGCUUGGGAGAUGGCGCGAGAGCCUGUCCAACCACAAGCCCCAGAGUUCAAAGCCUUGGACUAUGAUGUGAAGCCGGGGGAUUCGUUGCAUGACCGCUUCGUGGACAUCCAAGUUAUUGUCAAGAUGGCAUCAAUCGAACUCACUCCAGACAAGCCCGAAUUUCCCGCCGGAAGCUGGCACAUCGAAGGUCUGGAGAACGAACAGAUUAUCGGUACAGCUCUUUAUUACCUGGAUUCUGAGAAUGUGACGCCCAGCCAUCUUCACUUCCGCAUGCAAACAGAAGAAGAUCCAUCAGACUGGAGUAUAGGACAGGAUGCGUUCGGCUGGAUGGAGCGUGUUUACGGCACCAAGCUGAGGGGCGCAGACUGUCUUCAGCAAUACGGUAACGUUGAGACCAGACAGGGCCGAUUGCUGGCUUUCCCCAACGUAUUUCACCAUCGAGUCUCGCCGUUCGAGCUGCAGGAUAAGACUAAGCCAGGCCACCGGCGCUUUAUCGCGCUGUGGCUCGUCGAUCCCUACAAUAAACCCCUCAGUACGUCCAUGGUACCUCCCCAGCAGCAGAGCUGGUGGCUGGAGAAGGCAUUCGGCAACUUGAGCACAGAAGAGGCCGAGAAGAUCCCUAACGCGAUCGCAAAUAUAUUAUCUGAAGCUGCGCCAGGCCAUUCCAUCCCGGCACUGGAAGCUGCUGUCAAGAGUGGAACACCUCUUCCCAAGGAGCUGCUGGAUAUGGUGAAGAAAGAGGCUGCUAAGAUUGCAGGGCUUAUGUCGCUUGAGGAGGCAAAGGAGCACAGGCUGAAGUUGAUGGACGAGCGGAGUCGAUUCCAGGGAGCUGUUGAGGAUGAGUGGAGGCAACAUGAAUACAACUUUUGUGAACACUAG